UCGAGCCGGUUCCCCGAGCAGCAGCACUGAGGCAGGUUGUUAAAGGACUGAAUGUCGUACUGACUUCUAAAGGGACUCGCAUCCGAAAAGGGGGAAAGAGGACUGGGAGGCUGUCAGGAUGGCUUCAAACUUCAACGAUAUAGUGAAACAGGGAUACGUGAGGAUUCGGAGCAAGAAACUGGGGAUCUUUAGAAGAUGCUGGCUGGUAUUCAAGAAAGCAUCCAGUAAAGGACCUCGACGACUUGAGAAAUAUCCAGAUGAAAAAGCAGCCUACUUUAGGAGCUUUCAUAAGAUUACUGAGCUCCACAACAUUAAGAACAUUACGCGAAUGCCCCGAGAGACUAAGAAACAUGCAGUGGCAAUUAUUUUCUGCGAUGAGACGUCGAAGACAUUUUCCUGUGAGUCAGAGCUGGAGGCUGAGGAGUGGUGGAAAUUAUUGUGUUUGGAGUGUCUGGGCAGCAGACUUAAUGACAUCAGCCUGGGAGAACCGGACUUGUUAGCAGCAGGGGUGCAGAGAGAACAGAACGAGAGAAUUAACGUUUACUUGAUGCCGACCCCAAACCUGGACAUCUACGGAGAGUGCACAAUGCAGAUAACCCAUGAGAACAUCUACCUAUGGGACAUCCAUAAUGCCAGAGUCAAGCUGGUCAUGUGGCCGCUCAACUCCCUGAGGAGAUACGGCAGAGACUCGACCUGGUUCACGUUCGAAUCUGGGAGGAUGUGUGAUACAGGGGAGGGCUUAUUUACAUUCCAGACCAGAGAAGGUGAGAUGAUCUAUCAGAGAGUUCAUUCUGCCACACUGUCCAUCGCCGAGCAACAUGAGCGCAUGAUGAUUGAGAUGGAGAAGAGCACACAGACUCUUUCAAACGAGAGCACAUUAACAAAGUCGAUAUCUCUUCCGCGAAGUGCUUACUGGCACCACAUCAUGCGUCAGAAUAGCAUGGGAGACAUCUGCAAUUACCAAGGCUGGAUAUUUGAACAAAUGAGCACAUCAGUGUAUGCACACACAAAGGUUUAUGGCCAUUAUUAUCCAAUAUUUGCUUCUGUAAUCAGUGAAAUAAUGUUUCGAGGCAGCUACAGCUGCUGAUGUGUCUGUGACUGAAGCAGCCAGCCUUAGAACCUCUAUCUCAUUCAUCAUUGUGGCAUUUCCAUUGUUGAGAUGUUACCCUCUGAUAUAGUGAAUGCUCCCCCUCAUCAUCAGCUUCUUUCAGAAAUACAAAUUCAGCAGAAUGCUAUUUUUUUGCAAUGAAUAAAUUGAGUGCAUCACCAUGUUGAAGGACGACGUGUUUGGGUUUUGUAGAGUCAAUGAGUGCGUGGCUUCCAGUGAGAGAAAAAUUGAAAAUAUUACAAAGAUCUUUGCAGUGCAAUAGCACACUCUUUACGAAUUGUGCUGAAUAGAGGACUUUACCACCUGCUGAAUAGAGUAUAAGAUGCUUUUCAGGAUAUAUAUAUAAUCAGCAUGCAAAUAAGCAACAUUCUGCACUGCUGUGUACAAUAAUAUACAGUUCAUGGCAUGAAUGUAAAUGUGCAUAUGUGACCUGUCAAAGUAUGGUCUCAAUUUAUGUUUCUCUUGAUCUUAAAAGCCUUUUUGAUAUAUAGGCCUUUACUUAAAUGCUUAAACUUAAUUGAAUUGGACUGCAGAUUCAAAGAAAUACAGUCAAUAAGCAUUUAGGACUCCUUCAAAACUGUUUAAAAAAGCAUCCCAGGACAUUUCACCUCAUGAAGUUGAUUAAGAGAAUGCCCAGAGUGUGCCGAGUUGAAAUCUAGGCAAAGGGUGUCGACUUUGAAACUGUAUUAGAGUUCUGAUUUGUUAUUUCAUCACUCCAUGAAGCCGUGGGUGGAUAAAUCCAUCCGCGACGCUCUGUCAUCCCGCACCGCUGCCAAUAAAGCGGGGCUCGCCACCGGGAACAUGGACAAUUACAAAAUCGCGUCUUACAACACACGCAGAGCGGUGAGGGAUGCAAAACAGCGCUACAGGAAGAAAUUGGAGUCACAGUUUCAACAGGGUGGCUCUAGAAGCCUGUGGCAGGGACUGAGAAUGAUAACGGACUAUAAAACACCAUCCUCCAAAAAAUGCUGAUGCUUCUCUCGCAGACGAGCUGAACACUUUUUAUGCUUGCUUCGAGGCUGCAGUUUACUGCGCUAACGGUGCUGACAGCACCAAUAGUGAUAACGGCUGCUUGUAUGCGGAGAGCAUUAAUGCUGGAAACGCGUUCACCAUCACAGAGUGCGACGUGAGAAAGGCUUUCCGGAGAAUGAACAUCAGGAAGGCAGCAGGACCAGAUGGAAUCUCAGGUCGGGUCCUCAGUGCCAGCUAGCACCGGUGUUCACAGAGAUAUUCAAACUCUCCCUGGAACAGUCAGUAAUUCCAACCUGCUUUAAACAGUCCAUCAUUGUUCCUGUCCCGAAGAAACCCCAACCUUCCUGCCUUAAUGACUAUCGUCCUGUAGCAGUGACCUCAAUUGUGAUGAAGUGCUUUGAAAGACUGGUCAGAGACUUCAUCACCUCCUCAAUACCUGAUAUCCUGGAUCCCUUCAGUUCACUUACCGUCCAAAUCGCUCAACAGACGAUGCCAUCACACAUCUCCUCCACACAGUCUUAGAUCAUUUGGACAAGAGGAAGGGAAAUUAUGUUAAAAUACUGUUUGUUGAUUUACAGUUCAGCUUUUAAUACUACAAUUCCCUCUAAACUCACCACCAAGUUGGAGGACCUAGGAUUUAGUUAAUCUUUGCGUCAGUGGAUCUCCAACUUUCUGACUGACAGGCCACAAGCAGUAAGUGUGGGCAGACAUGUCUCACCCCCCCCCCCAGCACUGGAGCCCCCCAGGGUUGUGUUCUAAGCCCCCUGCUGUACUCAUUGUACACUUGUGAUUGUGUGGCCACUUCCAACUCCACUACCAUUGUCAAGUUUGCUGACGACACUGUUGUGGUGGGCCUGAUCUCUAAUAAUGAUGAGAGGUCCUAUCUGCAGGAGUUCAAAGGCCUGGGGGACUGGUGCCAGGAGAACAACCUCCUUUUGAAUGUCAGCAAGACAAAGGAGCUGAUAGUGGACUUCAGCACAAAGCAGGCGAGGAACUACCACCCCAUUAUGAUCAAUGGGGCCACAGUGGAGAGAGUGGACAGUUUCCGAUAUCUUGGCAUACAUAUCUCACACGAUGUGUCAUGGACCUGCCACAUUAACACCAUGGUGAAGAAGACCCAUCAGCAUCUUUACCACCUUAGGCGCUUAAAGGACUUUAAACUGCCCUCUAUGGUGCUAAAAAACAUUUACACCUGCACCACUGAGAGCACCCUGACAGGAAACAUCCCAGCCUGGUUUGGAAACUGCACAAAACAAGAUAGACUGGCUCUACAAAGAGUGGUGCGAUCAGCUGAGCGCAUCACCCACAUCAAACUCCCUGACCUGCAGUCCAUCUGCAGCAAACGAUGCUGGACCAAAGCUAGGAAGAUCAUGAAAGACCUCAGCCAUCCUAAUAAUGGACUCUUCUCUUUGUUGCAGUCAGGGAAACGCUUCUGCUCCCUGAUGGCCAAAACAGAGAGAAUGAGAAGGAGCUUCUUUCCCCAGGCCAUCCGUGUCCUGAAUCAAGGACAACACCAGGACUAGUUUCACUAUUCAACACCACACACCUGAAGCAUUAUUACAAAUUUUAAUUGUAAUUGAAUUAUUAUUAUUAUUAUUUUACUUAUAUUUUUACUCCUUAUCUCUCUCUCUCUUUCUCUCUCUCUCUCUAUAUAUAUAUAUACAUAUAUAUACAUAUAAUGUUUAUUGUAAAUUGGGGGGAGAAAAGUCAUA